AUGAUAGCAAUCUCUGCCGUCAGCAGUGCACUCCUGUUCUCCCUUCUCUGUGAAGCCAGUGCAGUCGUCUUACUCAAUUCCACUGACUCAUCCCCGCCAACCAAUAAUUUCACUGAUAUUGAAGCAGCCCUGGAAGCACAACUAGACUCUGCGGAUAUCCCCAAAACCAGGCGGAAGCGCUACAUUUCGCAGAAUGACAUGAUCGCCAUUCUUGAUUAUCAUAACCAAGUUCGGGGCAAAGUGUUCCCACCGGCAGCAAACAUGGAAUAUAUGGUUUGGGAUGAAAAUCUUGCAAAGUCUGCAGAGGCUUGGGCAGCUACCUGCAUUUGGGACCACGGACCUUCUUACUUAUUGAGAUUUUUAGGUCAAAAUCUAUCUGUACGAACUGGAAGAUACCGCUCUAUUCUCCAGUUGGUGAAGCCAUGGUAUGAUGAAGUGAAAGACUAUGCCUUUCCGUAUCCCCAGGAUUGCAAUCCCCGAUGUCCUAUGAGAUGUUUCGGCCCCAUGUGCACACAUUAUACACAGAUGGUUUGGGCCACCUCCAAUCGAAUAGGAUGUGCAAUUCAUACUUGUCAAAACAUGAAUGUUUGGGGAGCUGUAUGGCGCCGUGCAGUUUAUUUGGUAUGCAACUAUGCCCCGAAGGGCAACUGGAUCGGAGAAGCACCAUAUAAAGUAGGGGUACCAUGUUCAGCUUGCCCUCCAAGUUAUGGAGGGUCUUGUACUGACAAUCUCUGCUUUCCAGGUGUAACGUCAAACUACCUGUAUUGGUUUAAAUAA